CUGCUAACAGGUUUAUGGCUUCGAAGUUCGUCACUUUGUCAUGUGGAAAGAUAUUGUUUCUGUUCGUAUUCUUGCUGAACACUCGUGUUUAUCUGGGUGUUGUUCUGAACAUCAGCGGUCCUGUUAAAGCUGUGCUGAAUGAAAACUACACCUUCCAGUGCAGUGUGUCACCAAAAGCUGACAUCCAGAAUCCUGUCAGUUUUAUUAGAAAACAGGUUUCUGUUUGUACAUUACUGUCGACCUGUCGUCAACUUGCUUCUGCUGCUGGUUACUACUGUGGAUGUACUGGUGGCAGCGGAACAACCGUAGUCUUCAACGUGGCAAUAAGCAGUGUCAGACUUGUAGAUGAUGAUAACUGGGUAUGCGCACAUGGUUCAGACGAUGAAAGCAACGUUUUCCAGUUAGAAGUGCAUUCUCCAGUGAACAAUGUCAGCAUUGAAAUAUCUGAAUCAAUGUCAGAUUCAGUUAGCAUCACAGAAGGAAACCCAGCCGUUUUUACCUGUGUCAUACAAGGAGCCAAACCAGCUCCCAGUGUCUCCCAAGUCACGUGGUACAGAGAGGUGUCACCAGGCAAUAACGAGUCACUACCAGGUAUUCCAGGAAACACGACCACCUCAGACAGAAUCACAUCAAUCAAUCUGACGUAUACAGCUCGCAGACAAGACCAGGACCAGAAGGUGUUCUGUGCUGCAACAAACAGCUUGAUGGUAAACCGGAGUGUCCCUGCUGUUAUCUCAAAUAAGAUACAACUGAACAUUCAGAAUUAUCCAGAGCGCAUGUCUGCUUUAAGUGCAGGUGCUAUAUCGGGAAUUGUGAUCGCUGUUGUUCUGGCUCUUGCUAUUCCUACUGUGUGGAUACUUUAUAAGAGGGAAAUAAAGAAGAAAGCUGAAGAUGUCCAGAACGAAUCUAAUAACUAACAGAAACCAAAAUUAAGCUCACAACCAUGCAUGUUUUCGCAAUUAGUACCUGAAUACGGAAGACAGAAACAUGCUAACGCUAGAAUUCAAGUUUUCUGUUUUCCAUUCGUAUGAACUGUAUCAGUAAUCAAGGUUUUAUAUUUUAUUGAGCAUUCCAGUAUUUUAUAUCUGGUUGGGGUAUUUUUAUAUAAAUUAUAGCUCAAAUUAGACUAAAGUUGCAGUUCCAUAAUGCAGUUUGUCACUAAUUUUAUAUUAGUUAUCAAACAUAACUAUUGUGUAUUUGCAUAAAACAGUAACUGAUGAAUUGGCUUUUAACUGUACAAUGAAUAAUGUUAAAAUUCAUAUAAAACAUUAUUGUAUUAAACUCCUAACAUGUUUAGAAACAAAAACGUGUGUGUUUAAGGGGGGGGGGGGGGGGGGGGUCUUAAAACAUAUAAACUGUAUACAUUAUACGUCAAAAUGCUCCAACAGCGAAGUACGGCAGUUUUGCCUUAAUUGUUAGUUAUAAUCAGUAAAACAGUAUGAAUACAUAAAAGGCAGAUUUGCAUUCGCAGUCACUUUAUUUAAGUGUUCCAUUAUACAGGUAUUUUUGUCCUAAUGUUUUUAUAAUACCAAAUGGAUUUCGCCAUCCAAUAAUUUCGAACGUAGAUACGAAAAAAAUAUGUAUAUUACAAAAAAAAAAAAAAAAAUAAUAAUAACUGCUACAAACUUAAGGACACCUACAAUAGAUAUACAGACGCUGGUAUUCAAAACCAGAACAUGUAUUUAAUAUGUAAUUUUAGUCACAUAAAAAAUUAUAUUUGCCGGAAACAUCUUACGAUGGCAGUGACAUCAGCAUAGUUGCCUCAGUGGCAAUAUGUUAAGAAGUGUUUUAUUUAUUUACACUCAGAAUGUUUUAAAACAAAUUAAUAAAAAAUAAAUGUAUGUGAGUAAAACUAUGGGCCUAAAACUUAACUAUAUGCUUCGAGUAAAAAGUAUUAUUCCUUCUGUUGCUUUCACGUAAGUGCUGCAAAGUGUCUUACAAAAUACCAAAAAAAUAUGUUAGAAAUAUUUUUCCGAAAACAAAGAUGCCUCAUACUUGAUGUUAUUUUAAUGUUUUCAGUACCUACACUACACAGCAAGAAAUGGACAUUAUCUCACCAUUCAAGAGCAACAUCAUAUGAAUUAUUCCACUAUUCAAGAGAGUCAAAUCUUGGUCCUUUUUCCUGUUACCCAAAAACUAAUUUUGAUGCAAAAUUGUAAAAAAAAGUUUAUCAAAUUGAAAUAAGAUUUAUUGGAAAUGAAAACAUGCAAUGUGAUCAUCUGGUAUUGCUCAUUGCGCUAUUUUUCGUUUCAGCCAGUGCAUCACGACUGGUAUAUCAGAGGUCGUGGUAUGUGCUAUCCGCUCUGUGGGAUGGUCCAUAUAAAAGAUCCCUUGCUACUAAUGGAAAAGUGUAGCGUGU